GAGGAGGCAUCGGUGGUGUUGGAUUGGUAGCUCUGUGUGUCAAGAUAUUAAAGAGAUUUGGAAAUUUUUAGUGGACGAAUCUACCGAAAAGCGAUAUAACGACCACGAUCGAAAGAGUUAUACGAACCGUUAAGUCAAGAUGUCGUUCUACAAUGCGGACCAAUACAUGGGGGAGAAGCCGUCGGAGAGGUCAAGAUGGACGCCGUUGACGAGGAUGUUAUUGUCGGGAGAGAUGACGCAGGAGCGGCAAAAAGAAUUGACAAUGCGCGAGAAAUUCGACAAGUGGAUGAUUAACGAGGGUUACCGAAGAUUUUUCGUCUUCGUUUUCAUGGCUCUCCACGCCCUUGUAUUCGCUUUCGGUUUCGUCAACUACGCUGUCAAGGACAAUUUGCAAAUAGCAAGAGAUGUAUUUGGACCGACAUAUAUGAUUGCUAGAUCAGCAGCACUGGUGCUUCAUCUGGACGUUGCCUUAAUUCUGCUGCCGGUCUGCAGGACAUUUAUCUCCAUGGCGAGACAAACGCCUCUUAAUGGUAUUAUCCAGUUCGACAAGAACAUCACCUUCCACAUCACUACCGCGUGGUCGAUCUUCUUCUUUUCCUGGGUCCACACGAUAGCUCACUGGAACAAUUUGGCGCAAAUUGCUGCUAAGAACAACCUUGGAUUUUGGGGAUGGUUGGUUGCGAACUUGGUGUCGGGACCGGGCUGGACGGGAUAUAUCAUGUUGAUUGCGCUCACGGGAAUGGUGUUGACCUCAUACGAGAAGCCGAGACGUGCUAACUACGAACGAUUCUGGUACACCCACCACAUGUUCAUCGUUUUCUUCUUUUUCUGGUCCUUCCACGGUGCUUUUUGCAUGAUCCAGCCUGAUUUCGCGCCGUUCUGCGUCUCGAUCGGUACCACUGCGAUCGGUGUGUUCUGGCAAUACUGGAUGGUUGGAGGGUUUAUCUAUCUGGCCGAACGUGUUGCCCGUGAAUUGCGUGGUCGCCACAAGACUUACAUCUCCAAGGUCAUUCAACAUCCCAGCAACGUGUGCGAGAUUCAAAUUAAGAAAGAGAACACGAAGACCAAGGCUGGACAGUACAUUUUCUUCUGCUGCCCAGAAGUUUCCCUUUGGCAAUAUCACCCGUUUACCUUGACAAGCGCGCCUGAAGAGGAUUACAUCUCGAUCCAUAUGCGUGUGGUGGGUGAUUUCACACGUGCCGUCUCCUCAGCUCUCGGGUGCGAAUUUGGCAAGAAGGACAGCAAGGAUGCCUCGAAAGUCGUGGGUGUUGACGGUCAGAACAGUGACGUGGACCCCGCCCUCAGGAGAGUCCUACCCCGUGUUUACAUCGACGGUCCAUUCGGAUCCGCUUCUGAAGAUGUGUUCAAGUACGAGGUCUCCGUUCUCUGUGGUGCUGGUAUCGGUGUUACACCUUUCGCGUCUAUUCUGAAGUCGAUCUGGUAUCGCAUGAACUACCCGCAGAAGAAGACGCGGCUUGCGAAGGUUUACUUUUUCUGGAUCUGCAGAGAUUUCGGUUCCUUCGAAUGGUUCCGUUCGUUGCUCAUGGCCAUCGAGGCUCAGGACGUCGACGGCCGAAUCGAAAUCCACACCUACCUCACGGCUAAGAUCAAGGCCGACGACGCGACAAACAUCAUGAUCAACGACGCCAACGCCGACAAGGAUACGAUUACUGGACUGCGAAGUCCCACGAAUUUCGGACGGCCGAACUGGGAUAUGAUCUUCCGAGGUAUCAGGAAGCUUCACGCGCCUGCUGAGGCGGGUGUGUUCUUCUGUGGACCUAAGGGUCUUGGUAGUGCGCUCCAUGUCUACUGCAACAAAUAUAGCGAACCUGGCUUUUCCUUUGUCUGGGGCAAGGAAAACUUUUAAACUUGCGUAUCGUCAAAUGCUUGGUCGGCAUGUUUCCAGCAAAUGUCAGAAUGUUUGCUUAAUCGCUGGCGCUGGACGCGGAUGGCCAUUGUAUUUGUGUAUUAAUCAAACUAGUUCGCAAACAUUUUCUGGUUUCUUGGGCCUCAGGGUGAAGCCAGAUUGCUGGGCUACUCUCACGUAGACUUGGAACGUCCAGCCGGUGUCCCUAAUAGGUUCGAGCAAUGGACUGGA